AUGUUCACUUUCAAGGUGUUUAAACAUUUAAAAACUAAUGACUCUUACAUAGUUUCAUAUUGUAUGAGAUCAUUCCAUAAUACCAGUAGUGUUACCAAGAACAAUCUUGCUGCUGAACCAUUAAGAAUGCUUGGGAACAAAAGAAGAGUUUUCGUGGUUGGUGUUGGGAUGACUAAAUUUGAGAAGCCAGGACGGAGAGAGAAUUUUGAUUAUCCGGACAUGGUUCUUGAAGCCGCUACAAAAGCAUUACAAGAUGCCAAAGUUGAUUUCAAGAGCGUUCAACAGGCCUAUGCCGGAUACUGCUAUGGCGAUUCAACAUGCGGUCAGAGAGCCAUAUACCAGCUUGGCCUCACCGGAAUUCCCAUAUUUAAUGUCAACAAUAACUGUUCAACUGGGUCUUCUGCUCUGAUGUUGGCUAAACAAGCAAUUCAAGGAGGAAUAGCUGAUUGCGUGAUGGCAGUUGGUUUUGAGAAGAUGGAAAAAGGGUCGAUCGGUAUGAAGUACACAGACCGGACAAAUCCACUGGACAAGCACAUAGAGAGUAUGAUGGAGUUGUAUGAUGUGACAGCUUCACCAAUGACCUGCCAACUCUUUGGGAAUGCUGGCACAAAACCAGAACACUUUGCUAAAAUUGCCUGGAAGAACCACAAACAUUCAACCAACAACCCGAAUUCACAAUUUCAAGACGAAUAUACUCUGGAUCAAAUUAUGAAUUCACCAUCUGUUCAUGAUUUCCUCACCAAGUUGCAAUGCUGUCCAACAUCUGAUGGUUCUGCCUGUGCAAUUCUAGCCAGCCAAUCAUUCGUUGAGAAACAUUCACUGCAGAGUCAAUCGGUUGAAAUCAUUGGUCAGGCUAUGUCAACUGACCUCAGUUCAACUUUUAACGAUAAAGAUGCUAUGAAGAUAGUUGGAUAUGACAUGACUCGAAAUGCUGCUGAUCAGGCAUACAAGGAAGCUGGUGUAACGGCCAAUGAUGUUCAAGUAAUUGAAUUGCAUGAUUGCUUCUCAGCCAAUGAACUCAUCACAUACGAAGCUCUUGGACUAUCAGGAGAAUUAAUAGACAGUGGCAACAACACGUACGGCGGGAAAUACGUGGUCAACCCGAGUGGAGGCUUGAUAUCCAAAGGUCAUCCGCUUGGGGCUACAGGGCUGGCUCAGUGCACAGAAUUAUGUUGGCAGCUUAGAGGAUUAGCUGACAAGAGGCAGGUGGGAGGAGCCAAAAUUGCUCUUCAGCACAACGUUGGAUUGGGGGGAGCUGUCGUCAUCACUAUUUAUAAAUUGGGAUACCCAGAACUAGCUAGUGAAGGCAGGCGAUUUCAAAUUAAAUCAGUCUUUGAUGCCAUUGAAAAUGAAUUGGAAAAGAAAGGUGAAGAACUGACAAAGAAAGUAAACGGGAUCUUUUGUUUCAAAGUGGCCUCAAAGAAUGGUGAAGGCACAUGGGUGCUCGAUGCUAAGAAUGGUAAAGGUUCUGUUAAGUUCGAUCCUGAAGGCACCGGUGAUGUCACACUGACAGUAGAUGAUGAUAACUUAUUCUCACUGAUGAUUGGCAAACUCAAUCCUCAACAAGCUUUCUUCCAAGGCAAGUUAAAGAUAAAAGGUAACAUGGGCCUAGCCAUGAAGCUCCAGCAAAUAAUGCCUAAAGAUUUUAAAUCUAAAUUAUAA